CGCGCGUGAUCUCCUCCCGUUCGCACGGGCACCGCUAGCGCUCCUUCCCUAGCCGCCGGCGGAGCAACUCCGGUGACUUGCCAAGGAAGGGGGUCAUAUAUCUGCACAAGAUGAGCUUGACCACUCAGACUACACCUGGCUACCAUGCAGAUGAGAAGGGGAAUGAGGAAGUUGAGGAUUUCGGAAUUCCACUUGGUUAUAUGUGGAAGAUUGUUAAUGAACCCAGAUCGAACUAUGAGAAGAAAAAGAGAAGGGCUCAAGCUGAAAAGGAAAAGGUAUUGGCAGCCAAACACAAUAAAAAGGUCUGUCCUGCCAUGAAUUUGCAAGCCAAGGGUGUGGCUACCAAAACCGAUAAUACGAGAAGUAAGACUGUGGCAACCAGUAAUGACAAUGAGGUAGCUAAUGCAAAGGUCAACCCUUGCCUGAAGCAGAUCUCUAGGCUUGUAGAUGCACGUUUGGAGAGAUCUGCACGCAACUGUUGUAUGAGUUCGGUACGGUUUGAUAAGGAAGGUCGGCUUGUGCUGGCUGCAGGAUCAGAUGGGAACAUGAGACUCUCCCAGAUUGAUGGUGAAAACAGCAAUGCCACGAGGGUCCAGACUGUGUCUCUUCCCAAUUGUGAGAUCAGCCAAGCUGCCUUUAUGCCAAAUGGUUCUGAAGUAAUUGUUGCAAAUGGUACACAAUUUGUCUACUCCUAUGAUCUCGUGAAUAAUGCCUUGGUCAAGGCUGGUCCAUUCCCAAAGUGGGAGGACAGACGUUUCUAUAACUUUGAGGUGUCACCGGACUCAAGCACUGUUGCACUUGUCAGUAACAACAGAGGGUACAUCCUUCUGGUCUCACCUAAAACGAAGGAAAAAGUUGGCAUUCUCAGGAUGGACGAAGACAGUCAGGCACGUUCGGUAGCUUACACGGAUUGUGGGAACCAGCUACUGAGCACUGAUGGUAGUGGUCAUGUAUACCUGUGGGAUCUCAGAACAAGGAGGUGUGUUAACAAAACCAUCGCCUGCCUGGAUAACGCGCCGCUCUGCACUUCACUGGACAGUUCCUUGUUUGCUGUGGCUUCCAGCGAUGGCUUUGUAAACAUGUAUGAUAGAAGUGAGUUUGUCAGUGGUAGCAGUGAGCCGGUGAAGGUGAUUGAUGGCCUUACCAGUUGUACGUCUGUCGAGCAAGUAAAGUUCAACAAUGAUGCUCAGCUCUUGGCGAUGAUCUCGAGGGGUGGAGCACACGCGCUGAGGCUUGUGCACCUCCCAUCCUGCAGUGUCUCUUCUGAGACCUGGCCAGGGACCGACCUCAAGUCACGGUUUCCUUGCUGUAUGGAUUUCAGCCCCAGCAGUGGCUUGAUGGCUGUUGGGACCUUUUGUGGAAAUGCUAUGUUAUUCAGGACGCAACUCCAUGACUCAGCAUGAGAUCUCAUCAAGUGACCUUUCUAUUUCAGUCUGCGCCUCCUAUAUUGCUCUUGCAUGGAGCAUUUUAAGGCUAAAGUUGCAAAUAAUUUCACCUAAAUUGACACAGAUCUGCACAUUCCACCACUGGAACACUGUUAACUCGGGCAGAUAUGAGUCAAGGUUUCUGUUUCUAUGAUCA